GCCACGCUGAAUGACAAGGGUGGCGUUGGAAAGAAAAGCAAGUAAGCAAGCGGCACGCCAGUGAACAAAAUAAAGUUCUCUAUUCAACCAGCUAAAUAAUUCACUCGGGUAUCCCCACCAAGUUACACUGUAAGAGGGAAAGAAAGCAAACCUUGAUUUGGACGAGGAAAUAAUUUCUGGAGUAUUUUUUUAAGGCUGCGCGUCUUGAUACCUGCGCUUCCCCCCGAGGAGAUGUGAACUGGGAGGGUGCAUCAGUCUCCAUAGAACAGUCGUUUAUGGAGCUGCGGGCCGGGGCCAGCUUAUCGUCCCUGCGCGUCUGGUGCUCCGCAGGAGAUGCCGCCACCGCUGUCGCUGCCGGCCCUGAGAGGACGUGGGCUGCUCGGCAGAGGCUGACCUCGGAGGAGGAGGAGGAAGCGGAGCCUGUCCCCCGGCGGCCAGACCCAUUACUAUGGCCGUGUCCUGCUACGCGCUCAACAGCCUAGUGAUAAUGAAGAGCGGCGAGGAAGAAGAGAAGCGCGGCGGCGGCGGCCGGAGCAAGACGCCUCCUCUGACGCGCAGGCAGGUGCUGCCUGGUCUGGCCCGGGGGAGCGAGAGGCACAGCAGCUACUGCCCGCUUUCCAGGCGCAGCGUCGGCUCCAGCAGCAGCAGCAGCAGUAGCCCGAGCAGCAGCAGCAGUGCCGCCGCCGCGUCGGCUUUCCUCUUCCCUUCUGCUGAGCAGCCUGCGGCUGCGGCCACGGCCGAAAACACGGCGGGCCCUCGCGGGACUCCUCGACGGCUCAGCAGUCCGAGCUGGGCGAGCCGCUUAGGGGAAGGGUUGCAGGCGAGCCCCCCAAGUCGGUCCCCCUCGCCGGUAUCGGCGCGGAUUCUUCAGCGGGAGCUGCAGAACGUGCAAGUGACUCAGAAAGUGGGGCUCUUCGAGGCGCACAUCCAGGCGCAGAGCUCGGGCGCCGCUACGCUCCUCCUUAAAAGCCCCCGUCUGAGCAGGAGGAGGUCGCCGUCGCCCAGUACAGCCCGGCCAGCGCAGCUGGGGAAGAGUACCAGGAAGCAGCAGCAGGAGGAAGAGAAGGUGAAGGUACCGGAGAGCCCCUUGUCCCGAUUGGAGGCCACGGAGAUGGCAUCGGGGCUGGAGACAGACCAGGGUGCUGAAACCCGUCUAACAGGCACCGCGGACAAGAGAGAGAAGAGCAGCAGCAGCUCUUCUGGUGCUCUAGGCAUGAUGGAGAUGGCAAACGGGCUCUCUAGCGCCCAGCGCUCAGAGAAGACAGAGAUGGGCUGCAGGCUUUCCAAAGCGCAGGAUUCAAAAGAGGCACAGAAGGGAAGAAAAUUAUUCCCUGCACCUAGUUCAGACGAGACAGAAGAAGAUGUGUUUUCGAAGACACCCCAUUGGGAUGAGAUAGAGAGUGUGAAGGGAAUAUCCAGGGUGCAGGAUUUGGGAAAGGCAAGGAGGCUGGGCUCUAGUGGGAGGCAGGACUUGGAGAACUGGAGCCGGUCCCCCGAGGGGCAAAUUUCUAAAGGGCUGGAUAGGGCAAGUGGGUGCCAAGGAGCUCAGGCAUCAGGAGGGACCAGCAGUGGCAGGCAACCAGGAGAAGGUGGUAGGAGAUGUUCAGAGGGGUCCGAUGGGGUAAACAGAGCCUCGAAGGAUCCAGGCUUCUCAGAACCCCUGCAGGGGAGGAGCAGCUUUCACAGAGGGCAGGGCUCAGAGGCUAAGGAGCUGCCCUUUGGAGAGCAACUCCUGGAGGCAGGCAUCUCUCCUUGUCCUGCCAGGACUGACAAGGAGAAGGACAGCAGCCGCCACCUGUUGGUUUUGGCAGACUCUGAAAAGAAGCCACCAUCGCUCUCUAAGCCUUCUUCAGAACUUAUGGCGGAAGUCAUCGGAGCUGACCUGCCAGAGAAUCAUCCUGGAGAGCAGCUGCUACCCUCUGCAGAAGCAGGAGAGCAACAGGGGAAAUCCCUGGGAGAUGGAGAGGGCUGCUAUAGAGGUGGCAGCAGCAUCCCUGCAGUCAUUGUUACUGACCUGGGUGCUCAGGAGGAAGGAGAGGCAGGAGAGAGCCCACCCCAAAAUAUGCCCAUCAGGAAACUAUCUUCUUCCUCUGCUUCUUCCACUGGCUUUUCCUCAUCCUGGGAAGAGUCUGAAGAGGACAUUUCCAGCGAUCCAGAGCGGUCCUUGGAUCAGACUCCAGCCUUUUUGCAGACCCUAGAUAAGCCAAGAGUGAGCAAGUCAUGGCGGAAGAUCAAGAACAUGGUGCACUGGUCCCCUUUUGUUAUGUCCUUCAAGAAGAAAUAUCCUUGGAUCCAGCUAGCAGGACAUGCAGGUAGUUUCAAAGCUGCAGCUAAUGGAAGAAUAUUGAAGAAGCAUUGUGAGUCUGAACAACGCUGCUUGGACCGUCUGAUGAAUGAUGUCCUUAGGCCUUAUGUUCCUGCCUACCAUGGGGACAUAGUGAAGGAUGGGGAGCGAUACAAUCAGAUGGAAGAUCUGCUGGCUGAAUUUGACUCUCCCUGUGUCAUGGAUUGCAAGAUGGGAGUCAGAACCUACUUGGAAGAGGAACUAACAAAGGCCAGAAAGAAGCCAAGUUUACGGAAGGACAUGUAUCAAAAGAUGAUUGAAGUGGAUCCCGAGGCUCCAACUGAAGAGGAGAACGCUCAGCAUGCAGUAACCAAGCCCCGAUAUAUGCAGUGGAGGGAAACCAUAAGUUCCACAGCAACUCUAGGAUUCAGAAUUGAAGGAAUAAAGAAAGAAGAUGGCACUGUGAACAGGGAUUUUAAGAAGACCAGGACAAAAGAACAGGUCAUGGAAGCCUUCAAAGAAUUUACUAAAGGAAACUGUAAUAUUCUGAACAGUUACCUUAGCCGGUUGAAGGGGAUACGUGCCACUUUGGAAACGUCGCCAUUCUUUAAGUGCCAUGAGGUCAUUGGGAGUUCCCUCCUCUUCAUUCAUGACAAGAGGGAACAGGCCAAAGUCUGGAUGAUAGAUUUUGGGAAAACCACACCACUUCCAGAGGGACAAAUCCUCCAGCACAGUGUGCCCUGGGUAGAAGGGAACCGGGAGGAUGGCUACCUCUGGGGGCUGGACAACCUCAUUGAGAUCCUAACGGAGCUGGCUCAGAGCGAAGACUUGCGUUGAAGCCAAAAGUCCAACUCUAUCACUACCUGGAACUCAGCCUUUCAAACUGACUUUCUGAACUGCACUACAAGACACUUUCCCCCCACCUUCUCCCUUCCAGUCUUAAAGUUAGAAAUCCCCCUUUUUAAAGGUGUAAAUAUAUAGUUCCGUGUCAGAACAAAUGCUGAACGUGAAAUUUACCUCGGGGGUUGAAAACAGAUAGCAAAUACUUGCCACUUUGGGUUUUGCAUUUAGAGACUCUUGCAUGAUUUGCAUAACUUUCCCACAUUAGACUGUCCCAUAUGUAUUUUAAUACAGAAAGCCUUUUAAUGUAAGGAUUUAUAGAGCUCCCAUACUCAGUUGAAUGAAGAUGGUGACAUAACAAUGUUAAAAUUUUAUCUAGGAAAUAGGUCCAUUUUGAAGGCUAGAUUCCUAGUUAUUUUCUGCCCUCUUGUGUCCAAAGUUGGUAUAGCUUUUUGGUGUGUAGCUCAUAGGUGCACUUUGUUCUAGGAAAACUCCUAAAUAUGUAAGACUUUACAAUCCAGCUCAGGGGUGGGGGUGGGGUGGGGUCAAAGAGGAAGGCAGAUAGUGUUCCUGAAUGUCAGCAGUGUAUUUACUAACAUCAUUAAACCUAGAAAGCUGGCUAUGAGAGCUUUUAGAAAUAAUAUCAGGUCAAUAUAUAUCCAGCAAUUUCUUGUCAGCUUAUAACUAUUAUGCAGUAUUUGACUGGCUGUGUGGAGCGUGAAGCUGCUUCCAUGGUUCAUAUUUAACUUGGUGCAUCCAUUUCAUUGCUGAGGUAGUUUUAGCUUGGUAGAGCAAGAUAUUCAGAUCCUCUGCCCGAAAUAUCAAUUGCUUUGGAGCAUGUCAGAGAGAGGACUGGUGUGGAGUGGAAUGGGCUGCAGCUGUCAUCAUUUAGGUGCCUCUAUGUUAGCACUGCAGGGCCUUUUGGAACCAUAAACAAUUUCUCAGGAGUGCUUUAGCAAAACAUUCCAGUUUUCACAUCUCAGAGUGGUGGUAACUAGGCCUAAGAACAAGCAUUUAUAUUUGCAUGCAGGAUUCUAGAAUGAUGAGCUACAUGCUAUCUGCAAGGAAUGCAGAAUGGAGAGGAGCUGUGAUCUCACUUGGGAAUGCAUGGCUGAUUUAAGGUUCUCUCUUCAAUCCCUCAAAUGUAACUGUAAAUGGUCUAUUUGGCUUUCUGAUGGCUAAAACCACAUGUGACCAUUUCUGAAGUUUGUGGAUUUUUUCAGACAUCUGACACAUGUAGCCCCAGAUUUGAUCUAGACUGUUCCACAGAGUUAGGGGUGGGAUUAGGCAUUCAUUGGGGGACUACUUAUUUAUAUUUGUAUGUUUCUUUAAAGCAAAUAGCAACUCCCCAAGGCCAUUUUAGGCUGGGAAAAUGGAAUGGAGGACCUCGUGCCACAGCCUCAAUCCAAACUAGGCCUACAUGUGCCUGAUAAUUAUGUUUUCAAAACCACAGGAAACUACAGAAAUGGGCACACCUCAUUUGGCACCAAAUUGGGUGGCCACAUAUGAAUGAUGUCUAUGCCACUUUUAGUCUUAUGAAAACAUUUUUCUCUUUAUUUUAGAAUGGAAGCUAUUCUAUAACUUCCUGGAACAUUUGAACUAAGCAGAUUACUUGCAUCAGAACUGGUUUGUUAAAAGGUCAACAGCUGACAGUACUGUAGGGAGGGGGAAAGCUCAUGGCGUGUUUGAGUUUCUCAAGGAAAGGGAGUGCUGCAAAAACUUCGCAGAGAAGUACUGUGUUGAGUUUAGCCUCAAAUCAUUCUGAAUUACUUUUCCUGUCGGCUUCAAUUCUUACAUCUUCAUGCCGUACCGUAUACCUCUAAAACAUGCUGUUACUAAUCUUCCUAGUGGUAAUGCCACCCUUGCAACAGGAUAAUCAUACAUUCUGCUCUUGCAGCAAGAGCAGCGGGAGAUGUCGUUGGCCACUAGCUAGUGUGCUGUCCCUGCUCGAGCCUUGCACAAAGUCUCAGCCCUCCUGGGAGUUCCUUCGUUCCUAUCUCACUAGACACAUGGUCUGUUUUCUUCAGUGCUGUUGUAAAUAGCUACUCUGUUCAGCUGCUUUUCCCCUUCAGACUUCCUAUGCUAUUUAAUAAUAGCCUCUGUGGAAGUGCCUUAUGGACUAGUCUCUGUUCAAUUAGUGUCAUGGAAAAGUUUUUUGGUUUUGGUUUUUUUAUGUUCUAUUUAUUGCCAUUUUUUUUGAAGUUGCAUAGAACACUAAGUCUUAAUGCAUGGAAUCUUUUUUUUAAAGUUUAGAUUUAAAAACAUUUUCCACCUUUGUGGAAGGGGGAAAGUCCUUGAGGCAGCAUACGUGUAUAUCAUUUUAAAACUGUAUUUAGCUUUUAAAUUGCUUCUAAUAUACACUUUUUAAAAAAAUUGUUAAGCCUAUUUGUAAAACAAGAUUCCUUGCUUUGUUGCGUUAAAAGAAGUGAACUAUUUCUCCAGAUGUCUCUUGACCUUCCUGGAGGCUGGAACUGUUGCUGUGAGGUAGUCUCUCUCCUCCCAAUUUCUCCCUGAUUAGACAUGACACAAAGAACUUGCAGAAUUAUAAAACACCACCAAUGCGCACAGUGCCUGUAAGUCAAAUAACUCAAAAUAAAGGCAUAUAAAAGG